AAUAGGCUUUCUUCCACUCAGCUCAUAGGCAUGUUCUGCCCUCACAGGCCCAUUUCACAUGCUUGUCCAGGAACAUGGAUGUCUUUUAUGUUGUGUUAGGUAUCUCGCUAGUGUUUUGUGCUCUCAAACCUGGAUAUUCGUCUUGUCCCUUGGGUUGCUCGUGCACAGAUGACAGCAUGGGGAGAUCUUUACUGUGCAUGGGGACCUCCAUGGACGAAAUGCCGGAGGACAUUUAUGACAACUUUACCAAAAUCCGAAUAGAAAACUGUCGCCUGAGUGAACUACGUCAAGGCUCCUUUUCUCAAGUUGGGGACCUGGGGUUUCUCUGGCUCAAUUUCAAUGAGAUCACCUUGAUGAACAUCAAGAGUUUGAAGGGUCUAACCAACCUGACAGAGCUAAGAUUACAGGGUAACAAACUGACUUCUGUACCAUGGACUGCAUUUCAGGAAACGCCUAAACUAAAGAUUUUGGAUCUAAAGCACAACCGCCUGGAUGCUCUGCCAGAAAAUGCUCUCAAACACCUAUCUUCCCUGACCUACUUAGAUUUAUCCGCCAAUAAGCUCAGCAUCAUAUCAAAAGAAGUGUUCAUUAAUUGGCCUCUUUACCGAACAGCAGAAAAAGUGUGGGACAAAGACGGGCUGGUCUCCAAUGUGGUUCUGGCUCUGAACGAGAACCCCUGGUUGUGUGACUGUCGCCUCAAAGGCUUUGUUGAGUUCAUCAGGGAGGUUGGCCCUCCAAUCAUUCUCAUGAACUCUUACUUGAAGUGCUCAAGCCCAGAUUCCAAAGCCAACAAGUUUUUCCAUGAGAUCCAGUUAAAAACAUGCAUGACGCCAGUGGCUUCUGCUCCAGAAACAAGCUUCACUCUACCUCUGGGAACAAACACGACUUUAACGUGCAUAGUCAAGGCCAGGCCAGCUCCAACCGUCCAGUGGAUGUACAGUCUGAAAAUUGUUAGAGGAUUUGUUGUUAAACAGACCCAACUAGAUGAAGAGACGGUCUCUUCCCAGCUUUUGAUCCCGUCUGUACACGUCGCAGACCGAGGGGUCUACACUUGCAUCGCCAACAACUUUAUUGGCAAUUCCUCUGUCAGUGUUAUCCUCAACAUCAACUCCAACAACUCCUCUAUGCCACUUCCUCCUGUCCCCAUGGUGUCAUCUAAUGACAACACCCACAUUGAAAUCCGCAUUGCGAAGCAGACUGUUUAUGGGAUCACCUUGGAGUGGUUCGCAACAACAGAUAACCCUGGAGAAACAUGGUUCACCAUCCACUUUGGCAAAUACAAUUCACCCAAGAAGGAGAUUAUCUAUAUUGGCCCUGGCAUCAACAGCUAUACAGUUAGCAACCUGUUUCCUGUCACCAAAUACGAGGUGUGUGUUACUCUGAAGAACCACCCACCCAGAGACAGUCAGUGUAUUGUAUUUAUCACAGGAAGUGACAUUAGCGAGCUGGAGCAAAGGGAGAAGCUCAUUCAUAUCAUAGUCAUCGUGUGUGCUAUGGUACUGGCUGUGCCAGCUGGCAUGUACGCGUGCACCACAGAGGCGCGGUUCAGCUGUGUGGACCUCUGCCUGGAUAUGCGGAGGAAGUUAAGAAUGCAACGAGAGAACACACAAGAAACAGAGAGGCAUGCCACCUUUGACAGUCUCCAGACCGCCAGUGAUGAAGCCUUCUGCCGGAAAUCCCUGGAGAAAGUGAAGAGGCGCAAGUCUGAGGACAAGUGUAGAGGAGGAAGUGCAGCUCAGCUGUAGUAGCAUCAGCUGAAAAUUGGACAAAGACAGACAGUUUUUUUAAACUAAACAUUUUUUUCAACUCUAUUUUGUGCCAUUUUUUUCUAAACAAUGUCUUUGUGACAAGUGGAACUAGCUUGAAAUAUUAAAUUGGUCUCAUCUGAAAAUGAAGAUGCCUUCCAUCUCUCAGUUAAGAAUAGUUAUUUUUGUCUUUUUAUCUGGUCAAAAUUAAUACGUUUCAUUGUAUGUCUUUCUGAAACUAUUCCUGUAUUUCUAUAGGUUUUAUCAAUUUAUUAUACCAUAUACACCAGAAUAAAGACAAUAAUGCUAACCCACAAAUUAUUACAAACAUUAAUUUUAUGAAGGUAUUUUUUCUGUUGCGUCUGUUUUACUUAGGUCUUCAGUGUAAAUGAGAACUAGUUCUAAAGUGACCUUUCUGGUUAAACAAAGGUUUGCUCACAUCUUUACUACAAGAAAAACAUGAUUUUCAAUUUUUUUUUCUCAUCAAACCCCAAACAUCUUAUUUUUCACUGGUGAAAAUUUUUUUUUAAUGUGGAUUAAGGAGAAGACAAAUGCUGAUAUGGUCAGGUUUUUACAGUACAAUCAUCCGGGGGGAUUUGUUGCGUAACCAGAACCCUCCCAUGAUUUUAUGCAUACACUGGUAAGAAGAUUAAAGUGAUUUUCUGACUUAAUACUAGUCAUUGAAACAGGAUAUUUCCAUUUAAUGCAACUUUAAAUAUUAAUAUGAGCAAAGGAAAUAAAAAAACAAGCAGAUGUUAAUUAAGAUUAAAUGAUUUUUUUGGAUUUAAUUAAAAUUGUAAGGGAUAACAAUCUCUGCUAAGAGCAGCGAUAAGGAAAGCUCAGAUUUAAGACAUAAUUUAUAUCAUAAAUAUAAAAUAUAAAACACAUUUUUAUUUUCUGGCUUUUAACACCACGUGAGUUGUGUGGUCCUCUGUUUUUUUAUCUGUAUUCUAUCUGUAUUUUUAUGUGUUUUUAUCUUGUUUUCAAUUAUUUUA